UCUAAAAUGUUAAACUGUGCUACUGUUUUAAUAUUCGGAUGUUCUAUGGUGUCGUCUGCUUGUCAAAUUUCUAUUUCCGGUUAUAAAGGGGAACUUGGCAGUGAUCCAAGACUAGAACAGAAAAUCCUGAAAAUCGAGUAUACACUGAAAACAACACUAAAAAGACACGAAGAGUUGCUCAACCAAAUUCUGGAAAAGAAAUAUAAUGAUCUGGUUCCAGCUAAUAUACGUUUGGAGGAUGUGUCUUACAAGAAAAUGACAGGUCAAAGUUCCUCGCACUCUGGACACGGACCAUCAGGCAGUGCUGUUGACGGCGAUUUAUCUACAAUGUUUCAUACGAAUAAUGAAAAGACGCCAUAUUGGUGGGUAGACCUUGGAGGAUCCUUUUCAGUUCAACAUGUUGAAAUUUGGAAUAGAGCACAUAACUACGGUCGUCGACUCCAUGAUUUGGAUAUUAUGAUUGGUCCAACUCUACGUGAAAUGAAGCCAUGUACUUAUUACAAAGGCCCUGCUAGUAAUGGGGAGCACCUUAUUCUGAACUGCCGCAAAACUACGAAAGGAAGAUAUGUUAAGCUUGCCUUACGAGGUCGCGAAUGGCUACACCUUAGAGAAGUUAAAGUGUUUGCGUAUGUCAAGGCUUGUUGAAGCAAGUUAUUAAAGAUGCCAUAU